AUGAGUCUGCUGCUGCUGCUGGCGCUUGUCGCCCUCGCUGCUGUCGGGGCGAACGCCAUCGUGGACGACAGCACGUGCUACCGCAACAAGAAGCGCGGCGUGUGCGAGCCCGAGAGCCUCUGCGAGUUCAAUUUCAACAUCGGCGACCUGAAUUUCAACCAGUCCUGCCGGGUCAGGGACGGCGUCAACUUGUACCCGCAGCAGAUCCACCUGGCAUUCGCGGGGAAGAAGGUGGGGACGGCCAUGACGGUGUCGUGGGCGACGUUCGAGGACGUGACCGAUAGCUCCGUCUGGGUCGGCGACUCGGAAGACACUCUGGAGCUUGUGGACACGCCGGUCUCCAGCUUGAGCUACUACAGCGACAAGGAGUACAACCUGUUCCACCACCACGCGACCGUCACGGGCCUCAGCCCGCGCACCAAGUACUUCUACAAGGUGGGCAGUCGCUCCGACGACAAGUUCACGAGCGACGUCUACUCGUUCAUCACGGCGCGUCCACCGUCGGACGACAGCACGUUCAACGCGCUCAUCUACGGGGACCUCGGGGACGGCGAGAACUCGGUCGACACGAUCGCAGACAUCACCAAGCUGACCUCGGACGAUAUCGACCUCGUGUACCACCUCGGCGACAUCUCGUACGCGGACGACGACUUCCUGACGCUGAACCAGGCCGCGGGCUUCUUCUACGAGGAGGUGUACAACAAGUGGAUGAACUCCAUGAUGCCGCUCAUGAGCCGCGUGCCCUACAUGGUUCUGGUGGGCAACCACGAGGCCGAGUGCCAUUCCCCGUGGUGCCAGAUCUCCAAGAAGAAGAGGGACGCGCUCGGCAACUACACGGCGUACAACACGCGCUUCAAGAUGCCGUACGAGGAGAGCGGCGGGGCGUUGAAUAUGUGGCACUCGUUCGACCACGGGCCCAUCCACUUCACGUCCAUUUCGUCCGAGUCGGACUACCCAGGCGCUCCCACGAACCGCAUGACGCUGUGGGUCAAGAACGGCAACUUCGGGGACCAACUGGGCUGGCUGGAAGCGGAUCUCAAGAAGGCGCACGCGAACCGAGCCAACGUGCCGUGGAUCUUCGUGGGCAUGCAUCGACCCAUGUACAGCGUCCUCAACUCGGAGAACGACGUCCCCAACGAGCAGACCGCGAGCAUCCAGCGCGCGUUCGAGGAGCUGUUCCUCAAGUACGAGGUGGAUGUGGUGCUGGCGGGCCACAAGCACUACUACGAGCGGGAGCUGCCCGUCGCCAAGAGCAAGCCGGUAAUGGACGGCGUCUCCGCCGACUUGGCGGUGUACGACAACCCGCAGGCGCCCGUCCACAUUCUCACGGGCGGUGCCGGCCAGGUCGAAGGAAUGUCCGAGCCGCCCAGCAACAACGCGUCGUGGAACGCGGUCUCGGACUACGAGCACUUUGGCUACUCGACGCUGCAGGCGAACCGCACGACGCUCGUGUGGAAGUACAUUCUGAGCGGUUCAGGACUAGUUCAGGACGAGUUUGUGAUGGUCAAGGCCGACCUCGACGACGGAGGAGCGUAA